AUGCUCCUGUCUAGAGGCGACCCUCCGACGCAAGAAUGGUUCAAGGUGCAAACAAAAUCGAAGCCGCGGGUGCAGCGUCAGCGGCUGCAAGUGCAGCGCAUCUUCAGAGUCAGGCUCAAAGCCUUCCAGAGCCGCCCGGACACCCCCUACUUCUGGCUGCAGCUCGAGGGGCCCCGGGAGAACACGAGCAAAGCCAAGGAGUAUCUGAAGGGCCUGUGCAGCCCCGAGCUGUGGAAGGAGGUUCGCUACCCAUCCAUCCUGCACUGUGCCUUCCUUGGAGCCCAGGGCCUCUUCCUUGACUGCCUCUGCUGGAGCACCCUGGCCUACUUGGUGCCUGGUCCCCCGGGCUCCCUGAUGGUGGGUGGGCUGACUGAGUCUUUCGUCAUGAUCCAGAAUUGGCUGGAGGAGCUGGUGGGGCGACUGCGCUGUAGCCCUGCUCCUCUUCUGACCCCCCGGGGAGUCUGGGAGGCUGAGGUGACCCGGGCUUUUGGGGCCCUGGUUUGGAUUCGUGGUGACCAGCAUGCUGGGGACCUGCUCCAGCUGCCCCCUGCAGUCCAGGAGCUGCUGCUGAGCCUGGUACGGGAUGCUGCAGGCAAGGAGGACAUCAUCGAGUGGCUGGGCCGCAUCGGUAUCUCAGACACCCUCCCUGACCCGGAGCUCCUGAUAUGCUCUCCCUAUCAGUUAAAGGAAGGCCUGGCCAUGGUGCCUGUUGGGGAGGGCUCUGGGCCCUUGCUGGAGGUGGGGACCCUCCAGAAUGGGGCCCCAGAGGACCUGAAGAAGAUAACCAACCUUGGAGCCACUGAGUCCCAGGUCUCAGGCAUCCUUGGCCCUCAGGAUAUCCCAGCCCAGCCCAAACAGCAAGAGACAGCAGACCAGCUAGUGCGGGUUGGUUCCAGUAACCCAGGUAACACGGACGACAUAUCUGAGGAGGAGUCUGUACAAGCCACCAACAAACAGGACUCUGCAAGUCACACACAAGCCUUGUCACCACAAAAGCGAGUCCAGAGGGUGGAAGAGAAACUCUCCUUCUCACCUUCGAUGUCAGCUCUGGGUGUGUGCCCAUCCUGGAAGGCCUGGAGCCCAGGACCAACCUUUGGGCCCUUGUGGCCAGGAGCUGUCGCGGCAGCCUUUUGGAAGAUCAAUGAACUGCAUUCUCUCCACUUGACCUGGCUCCUGUCUCAGGCCUGCUUCAAUUUCCCCUUCUGGCAGAGGCCUCUAGGCCCCAUUCAGUUGAAGCUUCCAGGGCAGAACCCCUUGCCUUUAAACUUGGAGUGGAAGCCAAAGCAGCUGUCCUUACCCAGUGUAGAGAGCCCAGCCUGCCGAACUGAUGGGAGCCUGGGUGGAAGAGUGGCCCUAAGGAAUUGCCCAAGACCAGAGACUCCCAAAAAAGUUGUGAGUUUGUUGGUUGUUCCUGGGGGCUCAGGAGUAAAGGACAAAGUUAGCCCAAGACUGGCACAGAUAGGGCUCCCAUCUACCUCUACACCUCAGCUACAGGCUGUAGGUGAGCUGAGGAGUCAAGGACAUACGCAGUGGGUUUGUCAGGGGCUGAAAGUAGGGCCCCUGUCAGUGGGACCCAAAGGACAAAGAACACUCUCAUCUCCAGAGAAACCCCUGGCCAUGGUAGUCCAGUCAGUACCUGACGUUCAAACAGUGCCUGAAACUCUACAAGUGUCCAUGGCUACGGUCUUGCCUCCAGCUCAGAAAACAUGCAGAGUUCAAACGUUGCCCGUUGUGCCUCCCAGAGUGGCUCCAGCUCAGGUGGUGCUGGCUGUCCACACAGCCCCCGCAGCCCCCGAAGUGCCUUCAGAUCUGACAAAGCCAGCAGCUCAGGUGGUUCUCACAGCUCAGAAAGCAGCUAUGGGUCAACCAGCACCUGCGUCUCCUGUGGUGUGCACAGUCCCUCAAACUCCUUCUACUCAAAAGAUGUCUGUAGGUCCCCAGAUACCCAAAACUCAGACUGUACCUGCCGCUAAAACAGGGUCUGUACCUUCCAAAGAACUUCCACCUUCCAAAACCUCCAGAGCACCCCAAACGCCAGCAGCUCAGAAGGCACCCCCACAUUCAGGGCUAACUUUGGACGUAGUCAAACUCCUGGCUGAGGUCCAGCCUUCCUCAAAAUGCAAUGCCAGCUCUCUAAAGGGCCAGGGGGAAACUAAAAGGCAGGGUCCCCAGGUCCAGAACACCCUGGCCUCCACCAAUCAGCACCAUCCUCAGAUGGAGAGUCUCCUGGGAGCUUGGGAAGGGGCCCAGAAGCAACCUCUUCGCCACCCACAGGCGAAUGGCACAGUGACCAGCUUCCAGAGGUACCACGAGGCCCUGAAUACACCCUUUGAGCUGAGCCUUUCGGGGGAACCUGGGGACCAGGGCUUGCGACGAGUGGUCAUUGAUGGCAGCAGUGUGGCCAUGGUGCAUGGCCUCCAGUACUUCUUCUCCUGCCGUGGCAUUGCCAUGGCAGUGCAGUACUUCUGGAACCGCGGACACAGAGAGAUCACUGUGUUUGUGCCCACCUGGCAGCUGAAGAAAAACCGGAGAGUGAGAGAGAGCCACUUUCUGACGAAGCUGCAUUCCCUCAAGAUGCUUUCAAUCACCCCUUCCCAGCUUGAAAAUGGCAAGAAGAUCACCACCUACGAUUACAGGUUCAUGGUAAAGUUGGCAGAGGAGACAGAUGGCGUCAUCGUCACCAAUGAGCAGAUCCACGUCCUGAUGAAUAAUUCCAAGAAACUUAUGGUUAAAGAUCGCCUGCUGCCUUUCACCUUUGCUGGGAAUCUCUUCAUGGUACCAGAUGACCCCCUGGGCCGUGAUGGCCCCACCUUGGAAGAGUUUCUGAGGAAGCCAAACAGGCUGGACACUGACAUUGGCAACUUCCUGAAGGUGUGGAAGACUCUGCCUUCCAGCUCUACUUGUAUCUCUGAACUGCAUGGCGAUGCUGACUCUGAGCCGCUGGAGAAUUUGCAGCACGAGCAAGAAAUCAAGGUGGAGAGAGAGAGGCAGGGCGAGGUGCACACAGAAGGUCAGGGGCCACAGAGGCCAGUCAAGGAAGAUGACCUCGACUUUUCCCUGGCCUCAGUGUUUGGAGUUGAGUGUCCUUCUCUGUCAGAAGAAAUCCUUUGUUGCCUCAGCCUCCACGACCCCCCUGAUGGGGCCUUGGACAUUGAUCUCUUGCCUGGGGUGGCUUCUCCCUGCCUGGGCAUCCCUUGGGAUGGGAAGGCCCCCUGCCAGCAGGUUCUGGCCCAGCUGGCCCAGUUGACAGUGCCCAGAAACUUCACCGCACUCUCCUUCUUUGUGGGCUUCAUGGACUCCCACCGGGAUGCCAUCCCUGACUAUGAGGCCCUUGUGGGCCCCUUGCACAGCCUCCUCAAGCAGAAGCCGGACUGGCAGUGGGGCCAGGAGCACGAGAAGGCUUUCUUGGCCCUGAAGAGAGCCCUGGUGUCCACUCUGUGCCUCACAGCCCCCAACUCCCAACUGCCCUUCCGCCUAGAGGUGACGGUGAGCAAGGUGGCCCUGACAGCCAUCCUCUACCAAGACCACUCAGGAAGGAAACACCCCAUAGCCUAUACUUCAAAACCCCUCCUUCCUGAUGAGCACAGUGAGGGCCCCCAGUCCGGUGGAGACAGCCCCUACGCAGUGGCCUGGGCCCUCAAACAUUUUUCUCGCUUCACUGGGGACCUCCCAGUGGUCUUGGACCUUUCCUAUGCCUCCCGGACCACUGUGGGCUCCGAGGCUGGGCAACACUGCAGGGUUUCCAAAGCAUGGCUGAUCCGAUGGUCCCUUUUGGUCCAGGACAAAGGGAAGAGGGCCCUGGAGUUGACCCUUCUCCAGGGCCUGCUGGGGGAGAACCGGCUGCUGACACCUGCGGCUUCCAUGCCUCGUCUUUUCCAGGUCCUGCCUCCUUUCUCUGACUUGUCCACUUUUAUCUGCAUCCAUAUGUCAGGCUAUUGUUUUUACCGAGAGGAUGAGUGGUGUGCUGGCUUCGGUCUCUAUAUCUUGUCUCCCACCAGCCCCCCUGUCUCUCUCUCCUUCGCCUGCUCCCCUUACACACCAACCUUUACCCACCUGGCAGCUGUGGCCUGUGGGCUGGAGCGCUUUGCCCAGUCCGGCUUCCCCCUGGUUUUCCUCACUCACUGUAACUGGAUCUUCAGCCUCCUCUGGGAGCUCCUGCCCCUCUGGAAGGCUCGGGGCUUCCUCUCCUCUGACGGCUCUCCACUACCUCACCCAGAGCUGCUCUCCUACAUUAUAUCUCUCCUCUCUGGCCUCCCCUCCCUCCCCUUUAUCUACAGAACUUCCUAUCGGGGGUCUCUGUUUGCAGUGACAGUGGACAAUUUGGCUAAGCAGGGUGCCCAGGGCUGUGGCCAGUGGUGGAAUUUGCCAAAGGAUGUGCCAGUCCCUGUGGUGUCUCCCCGUACGAGGGGCAAGAGGCUGGACCUGCUGGCAUUGCAGCGAAGUGACAGCACGCUGGCAGAUGCCAUUGCCCAUCUGCAGGCCGGGCAGAAACUGCCCAGCUCCUCACCCUUCACUUCUGUCUUUAACUCCCUCAGCCUAGAUAAGGAGAGUGGCCUGCUGAUGUUUAAGGGUGAUAAAAGGCCCAAGGUGUGGGUCAUCCCAAGGCAGCUCCGGAGGGAUCUGAUUUUCUUUGUGCAUGACCUCCCUGUGGGGGCCCACCAGAGGCCAGAGGAGACCUUCAAGAAACUGCGGUUGCUUGGGUGGUGGCCUGGGAUGCAGGAACACGUGAGAGAGUACUGCCGGAGCUGCUUGUUCUGUGUCUCCAGGAAUCUCUCGGGCAGUGAGUUGAAGGUGGUUGAGUCUCUGUGGCCCAUCAGGUCAACUGCCCCCUGGUCAAACCUGCAGAUUGAGGUGGUAGGUCCUGUCACUAUCAGCGAGGAGGGCCACAAGCAUGUGCUCAUUGUGGCUGACCCUUACACCAGGUGGGUGGAGGCAUUCCCGCUGAAGCCCUACACACACACGGCUGUGGCUCAGGUGCUGCUGCAGCACGUGUUUGCCAGGUGGGGCAUUCCUGUGAGGCUGGAGGCGGCCCAGGGUUCCCAGUUUGCCCGGCAUGUCCUCGUGUGCUGUGGGCUGGUCCUCGGAGCUCACGUAGCCUCCCUGAGUCGGGACCUCCAGUUCCCCUGCCUGAUGAGCUCAGGGGCCUACUGGGAAUUCAAGAGGGCUCUCAAGGAGUUCAUCUUCCUGCAUGGGAGGAAGUGGGCGGCCUCCCUGCCCUUGUUGCACCUGGCCUUCAGAGCCUCCUCCAUGGAGCCCACUCCUUUCCAGAUCCUGACAGGGACUGAGGAGAAGGUGUCUGAGCCCCUCUGGUGGGAGUUGAGCAGUGCCAAUAUUGAAGGGCUCAAGAUGGACACCCUCCUGAUUCAGCUGAUUGGGGAACUGCUGGAACUUCACUGGAGGGUGGCUGACAAGGCAUCUGAGAAGGUAGAGAACAGGCGUUUGAAACGGGAGUUUCAGGAGGUAGGGUGGAAUGUGGGCGACCAGGUCCUCUUACUGUCCCUCCCUAGGAAUGGUAGCAGUGCCAAAUGGGUGGGUCCCUUCUAUAUUGGGGACCGGCUAAGCUUCUCUCUGUACAGGGUCUGGGGCUUCCCGACCCCGGAGAAGCUGGGCUGCAUCUAUCCCAGCAGUCUGAUGAAGACCUAUGCCAAGUCUGGCACUACCCUGGCCUUCCAGGCCUUGGAGGAGUGA